ACCUAAUUCAAUUUACAACUGCUCAAAGGUGAUGUCCAAAUCGAACUAAAGUUUUGAGUUAGAUAGUCAGCGUCUCAGUUGGUCGACGGCCCAAAAUUUUGACUUAAGAUAUAGGACGUUUGAAAGAUUUCAUUAAAAAUGAAAAUUGAUGGAAGCGUUGCAGUUGUGACUGGGGGAGCCCAAGGAGUUGGCAAAGCUAUCGUAGAGGCUCUGCUGCAGAGAGGUGCAAAUGUCUGCAUCGCUGACAUAAAUAAGGCAAUUGGAGAAGUAACUGUAAAGGAACUCGCUGAAGCAUAUGGUGAUAAGAUAUUCUUUAAAGAAUGUGAUGUGACGAAGGAUGCUGAUAUUAGAGCUUUGUUUGGUGCUGUACAAGAGACAACUGGCAGAGCUGUCGACAUACUGGUGAACAAUGCAGGAAUUCUCCGAGAGAAAUACUUUGCAUCUACCGUGGCAAUUAAUCUGGAAGCACAGAUUCGCUGUGCCUACGUCGGUGCUGAAUAUAUGGGAUUAAACAGUGUAGGAAAAAGUGGUAUUAUGAUAUUUACUGCAUCGAUUCUAGGAUUAGUACCAAGCGGCCAAGCACCAGUUUACUCAGCAACUAAACAUGGUCUUGUCGCCUUCGUUCGGAGCAUGGCUUUGAGUCCAUCCUCCAUCAAAUCAGGACUACGAUUUAAUGUUCUCUGCCCCAGCUUCGUAGAUACACCGCUCAUCACAGAUGAAGGCAUUAAAAGAGGCUUAGUUGACGACGAUUCUUCUGCUAUGUUUAUCGCCCUGAGGAAUUCCAUAGAUCUACUAAAACCCAGUGAUGUUGGUAAAGGCUGUAUUCAAUUAAUUGAAGAUGACACGUUGAAUGGGAAGGCCUUGCUCAUCAACCACGGUGAUACUGGACACGGUGAUGUCUUAUUCUCAUACAUAGAGCCACAGACAGAUAUAGUGAAACCAUAGGGCGUUAAAUAUGAAGCAUCUUCCUGAGCAGGUGUGAUCGCGGGAGUCCUGUGAACAGAGAUUGAAGAUGAAAAUUCUUAAUAAUUUAAAAUUUACAGUACUUUAUUUGUAUUAGUUAAUGAUUGGAUUCAACAAUACGAUCCAUAUAAUGCAUGUACGAGGGUUGUCCCAGAAGUAAUGCACUAUACGCUCUAACUUUAUCAAUAAUUGAUAUUUUUCCAUGAAAUUUUCAGUAAAUGUUCCUUAGAGACAUUUUGAUUAUUCUAAAAAUUUCCAUGUUGAC